AUGGAUUUUUAUGCACAACAAUGAUGUCAGUCUGUCUGACUGUUUGUUUGUUUGUUUGUCUGUCUGUCUGUCUGUGUACACUACACAUUUUCACAAGGAUCUAUACUAGGACAAGAUGCAGACCUCACGAUGAACGUGAUGGAGGCAGUGUGGGGGAGGGGAGAGAAAGAGCAUCAUCUCAUCUCAUGCAGCGCUGCGGAGCGCAGAGCUGGCGUCUGAUUGGCUGAAACACUGCGACUCGAGGAGGGAUCCCAUCUCACUGCUCUGAGUUGUCUCAUCCCUUGGUGAAUCCUCUGAAUGUAGGUGUUGAGAUUUCCACAUCUUCCUUUGCAUCUAAAGCCAUGAACUACCUUCGCAGGCGCCUGUCUGACAGCACCUUCAUUUCCAACCUGCCCAAUGGCUACAUGUCAGACCUGCAGAAGCCAGAUCCCCCUCAGCCUCCCCCUCCAGUGCCAGCAUCAGCACCAGCUGCGGUUUCCCCGGCCCAGGAGAGGAAACCUAUUCAGCCCCAGCCAUUAGGAACCGGAUUCUUCAGCUCCAUCACCAAUGUGGUGAAGCAGACAGCUGCUUCAGCAGGGCUGGUGGAGCAAACCACCGUUCCUGCAUCAUCCAAGAGACACAAAAUCCUUCUGGUCAUCGACGAACCGCAACACGACUGGGCCAAACUCUUCAAAGGGAAUAAAGUAAAUGGAGAGUAUGAUAUCAAAGUUGAACAGGCUGAGUUUGCUGACAUCAGUGUUGUGGCAUAUGCUAAUGGGUCAUGUAAUGUGGCUGUACAGAAUGGAAAUCAGACUAUCAGGUCAUUUAUGCCUGACUUUGUCCUGAUCCGACAACACGCUUUCAGCAUGACAGACAACGAAGACUUUCGUAAUCUAAUAAUAGGCCUGCAGUAUGCUGGCAUUCCCAGCAUCAACUCUUUGGAGUCCGUCUACAACCUGUGUGACAAGCCGUGGGCGUUUGCUCGGCUGAUCAGCACGUUUAAGAAACUGGGACAUGAGAAAUUCCCAUUGAUUGAACAGACGUUCUAUCCUAACUAUAAAGAAAUGGUGACCAUGCCAGUAUUUCCAGUAGUGGUGAAAAUCGGCCACGCUCACUCUGGCGUGGGGAAGGUGAAAGUGGAGAACCACUCAAAGUUUCAGGACAUAGCUAGUGUGGUUGCCAUCACUCAGACCUACAGCACAUGUGAACCAUUCAUUGAUCCCAAAUAUGACAUCAGGAUUCAGAAGAUUGGAAAUGGUUACAAGGCCUACAUGAGCACAUCCAUCUCGGGCAACUGGAAGACCAACGCUGGCACUGCCAUGGUGGAGCAGGUGGCAAUGACACCCAGGUAUAAGCUUUGGGUAGAUACCUGUUGUGAGAUUUUUGGGGGCCUUGAAAUUUGCGCUGUCAAAGCCAUUCAUGGCAAAGAUGGAAAAGAUUAUAUUACUGAGGUAAUGGGUUCGUCUAUGCCGUUGGUGGGUGAUCAUCAAGCAGAAGACCAGCUGCUUAUUGCGGACCUGGUCCUUGCCAAAAUGAACCACGUUACAGCACAGAACCCCAAAAGACAUACCGCCAUUCAAUCGAGACAGAAUGCUGUCGAAAAGGACGCCCUGGUUGACGCAAAGAAUGGCCCACCACAGAAAGCUCCCCCCCAGGGUUGCCUGCAGUACAUUUUAGACUGUAAUGGUGUUGCAGUGGGACCAAAACUAGUCCAGGCAAACUAAUGAAAUCAAGAAGGCUCAAAGUAAACAAACCACUGACAGGUGGAAGGGCAAGAAUAUUCUCUGUGAAAGGUCAUAGUUCGGUCCUGAUCUCUGUUUCAGUCUGUGCUGUUGAGCUUUUCAUUGUUGUGACCAUGUGAUGGAGCUGAUGUUUCUUCAGGGUUCUAUGUGGUGAUACAAGCAAACUGCCUAGUGUUUUGUGCCACUUUCUUUGAAUCUACUGUAUGUUAUUUUCGUCUGCUAUGUCUGUUGUUAUGUUAUGGUGUUCAAAGAGUUUGCUAUUGUGUGUACAGUAUAGAUAUAUUUAAAUAUAAGGCUACCGUUCAAAACUGUUUAGGGUGACUAACUUAUUCUUUCAUAUUUUUUCACAUUUGGGAACUCAUCAAAACUAUAUAAAACGCAAAUGUAACUUUGAAUUACGAUGUUACCAAAAAAUCAAUUAACUAACAAAAACUAUAAUAUUUUGCACCUUCAGUGCUAAAGAGAAUUCAGUCUUGUCAUUUUAUCAAGCAGUUCCUAUCAAUUAUGGGCUCUCAUUGUCUUCCUUUUCCUCAUCAUUUGGACAUGUUUUAAAACACAAAUGUAGUUUUGUAAUAAAAUUUUUAUUAUUUACUGAUAUUUUUGUCUGUAAAAAACUGUGAGUUUUAUUACAUUUACUCAUAUACCCUUCAGAAGGUUUGAAAAGGUUUUUAAGAACAUAAACAUUUCAGUUAAGUGACUUAACUUUGAACCACAUACAAUACACAUAUGUAAGUAUGGAGAUUAUAUUACAAAUGGACGCUUGAUUUGCAUGAGCAAAAUUGUGUCACUGUGUGUUGAAAAAUCAGAUGUGAAUUGUGUUUUCUGUGCGUUUCCGCUGAAAUACUCUGAAUAUUGUUCCUGCACUUUUAGUAUUGUGAAUGUGUGAUAAAAAAAGAUAUUUGUUAUAACCCUGUGGAUAAAAGCUAUAUUGCAGUUCAUCAGUCAUUUUAAGCAAACGUUGGGCAACCUGAUUUUUCUUAGUUUCCGGUCAGCCCUGUUAUAACCAAACUGCAACCUAAAUAAACAAUAAGCAAUAAAA